CACAGUGGUUAAUGGGAAUCCGCUUACGGAGCACAACCAGUUGUUCGCGCGGGCACGUGUAUGCGCGGUUCAGCAGGUAGCCGUCUCCGACAAAAACUGGAUGGAAAGUCACGUUUGCGACCACACCGAUCUGACGGGAAAUUGUCUUACGGCAUACGGACUGUUAUUUCCAGGAUGCGCUGACAUCUGUGACGUGCUCACGGCGAUCCGCAGUUCCAGAUAAACUCCACCUGCUCGUCUCCUCUCCACCAGCAGCCAUGUCUCUCUCUGUAUCUGGAGGGACCGUGUUCGCCAUCCUCCUCAUUAGCAGGUUGUUAGAGAACUCGAUGCUCAACGCAGAAGUGAAGGAGGGAGAGAUUCUGCCUCCUACCAUUCAUAGGCUGAUGAAAGGAUACAACAAGUACCUCAGGCCUUUCUUUGACAAUGGUCCUGUAACAGUGGGUAUGAGCCUGGACAUUGCCAGCAUUGACACUAUCUCAGAGAUCAACAUGGACUACACCGCCACCAUAUUCCUCCGCCAGCGCUGGACGGACGAGCGCUUGGUGUUCGAGGGCAACAAGAGCCUGAGCCUGGACGGGCGGCUUGUGGAGCUGCUCUGGGUCCCCGACACCUUCAUCGUGGACUCCAAGAAGUCCUUCCUCCACGACAUCACCGUGGAGAACAGGCUGAUACGCAUCUUCCCCAACGGGACCGUCCUUUACGCGCUGAGGAUCACCACCACUGUGGCUUGCAACAUGGAUCUGACCAAGUAUCCCAUGGACAAGCAGACCUGCACGCUGCAACUGGAGAGCUGGGGUUACAACAUCAACGAUGUCAUGUUCUACUGGACCCGAGGAAACGAGUCCGUCAGCGGUUUAGACACUCUGCAGCUGGCCCAGUACACGGUGGAGGACCACUACACGUCCGUCUCAGAGGCCGUUUAUGAGACCGGCAAUUACCCGAAGCUGGUCUUCCAUUUUGAGCUGAGGAGGAGCAUUCUGUACUUCAUCCUCGAGACUUACGUCCCCUCCAGCCUGCUUGUUGUCCUCUCGUGGGUUUCCUUCUGGAUUUCCCUGUCCUCCGUUCCAGCUCGUAUCUGUAUAGGAGUGACCACAGUACUGACCAUGACCACUCUAAUGAUGGGAGCCCGGACGUCACUGCCCAAUGCCAACUGCUUCAUCAAGGCCAUUGACGUUUACCUGGGCAUCUGCUUCAGCUUCAUCUUCGGAGCGCUCAUUGAGUACGCCGUGGCCCACUUCUGCAGCCUCACUCACCUCGACACGCACUUGAUCAUGUACGGCCACCACAUGCACGACCUGGACGACGAAAUGAACGGCAUCAUCACCACCAUCACCAAUCACAACAGGGCCAAGAGACGCAAGGACGCCGCCGCCGCCGCCGCCGUCGCGGCCGCGACCCCGCCGGCCACUUCCCUAGAACUCAUUGUGAGCCCGUCCAGCCCCUCGGGCAGCGAGCCUAAGCCCGAGGCGUCGCCCCCGAAGCGCACCCACUGGUGCCUCACCGCCCUGGCCACUGUCCGCAAAGUGCUCCGCAAACUAUAUUGCUGUCGCAUAGAGAACCCCCACCACAUAGACAACUACUCCAGAGUCACCUUCCCUCUCUCGUUCGUCAUGGUCAACCUGCUCUACUGGACUUAUUAUCUGUACUUCUAGCAUUCGCUCGAGUGCAGCACAUGUCCCGGAGAGUGGUGUGUAGACGAGAAGUGUAUUCUACUGUACAGUAAGCGUUAUUUCGGUGUGUUUUGAGAUGAGUGUGUACAAUUUCAGCAUUUGGAUUCAUGAGCGAAGUAGCAUACUUACAUAAAGGGCUGUUUCUGAGGGGGGUAAAGAGAGACGCCUACGAUUACAGCUCCAUCUUAAAACAUUGUGUAGUCAAACUCACAGUCAAACUGUAGUCAAAAGUUUUAUACAGCCGGUAAAUAAUAGGCCCGUCCGACACAGACUGGGCGAAAUUCGAUCGACGCUGAUACACCUUGAGAUUAAAUGAACGUCACUUAAAGAAACAGAUCGCCCAGUCUGCAUCUUUUUCGGCGUAGUGUUUUUCGUUCCUCGUGCAGGUCGUUACUGUCGGACACGCAGAAGAUGGAGCUGUAAUUUAAGGCGUCAUGACGGAGGGAGAGCGAAUCCCACUUUGAUUCUCUGUUGUGAUGGAAUGAUUAUCGACACUUUACGACUUCAUCUUCCAUUUCUGCCUGCAGGUACAAUAUUUAGUUGGAAAAAGCAAAAGUAAUGGAUGGGGGAAGAAGGAUGAAAGAAAGAGGCGAGGGAGCUGGAAAAAAAACUCUACAUGAAGAGUGUGUUAAAAAACUAUAAAUCAGUCUCCCAGGGACGUUCUGCUGCUGAAAUCUCUCUUUCUUCUGUGUCCUUCCACAAGUUAUUUUUAAUUCACUGAGCAGUGCUGUGUCUCUUUGCUUGCAUUUCUUUUUUCAUAGACACUAUAAAUGUAGUGGCCUUUGAUCCCUUCAGUUGUGUUCUGGAAAUCUGGCCACCCUGAACAGUAUUGUGGCACUUGUCAUCCCACAAAUGUGCUCCGCAGUUUCACAAGGACAGAAACAAAGCCACAACAUGAGAAUACGUGGCAUAAAUAUGACAUUAUGAGAUUAACAAUCAUGUGAUUAAAUAGAGUGAAAUAUAUCGAUCAGAAGUUGUGAAAUCAUUUUUCCAAUUAUUAAAGAGUUAUUGUAACAUUUUAUGUUUUUAAUAUUUUUGUUUUCAUUAUUUCAUUCUAUUUUAUUUCAGGAUGUCACUUUCCAAACCUCUCAUAGGGGCAUUUCUCCCAAUCACACUUUUUAUUUCAGAAUUUCAUAAUGCUGAGCUUCUCGUAUCAGGGCACAAUUAAAGCUAACAUUCCCAAAAUUGGACCAGCUAGCUCCUGGUAGUCGUGAGCAACGACUGUACUGAAGUCAUUUUAAAUCAACCAACUAGCUGCUGCAAAAAAAAACUGUUCAAAGACACAGAAACUAACCUCUACUUUUGUUUGGCUACAAGGCCACUAUGCUAGCCAGUUAGCUAGCUAGCUAGCUCGGAUAGUUGGUAAGCAUGAAUCAUUUACUUGACAUUGAACUGAGGGUUGAACUGUGCUGCUAGCUAGCAAGCUAGCAGCACAGUUCUGGUCUGUGAAGUGAGUUUUGGGGCAAGGUGAACGCUAUUAAAAAAUGACAUUUUGAAAUAAAAUGUUCUAUAAUUACCUAAAAAAGAACUCCUUUAAUACUGUAAUUAAUUUCUAUAAUUAAAUUAUUUCACAAUUUAUUGGUCUAUUUCAGGCUAUACGUUUCACUUUAUUUAUUCACUAUUGUGUUUUGCAUUUUGUUGUAUUUAUUUAUUCAAUAUUGAACACUUUGUGUGUCGAUAUUGGGCAGGUGUAAUGCCACAUUGAUAGGUUAACAGGUACCACAUAUUAGUGAUAUAUACAGCGCUAUUCAUGGGCUGCUGGUCGUGUUUCUCCCUGUGCUUUUGUAAAACAUCAAGCAGUAGUCAGACCAAGAUGUGUUAGACAUUGUAGAGUGAUUUGAAUAUGAAUGAAAUUACCAACAUAUUUCAACAGGAUGUCGUCAUCUGUGCAUUAUCCAAAUCAGAGGGGAAAAAAGCGCUGGAUGUGCUUGAGGUGUCACUUGUCUCCUCAGCUUUUCAGGCCAAUGUCAAAUCUUUUGCUGUGUGAGUAUUUCAGUUCAGGACAAACAGUGUGUUCGCUACCUGUGACGUGAACCAAAGAGCCAAAGAUUCCACUUUGAUUUCCUCUUUGUUUCCCUUUAGAUCAGAUUUGAAAUGCAUUUUUUUUAAAUGUUAAUAUCACGUUUGUUAUCGAUGGGAUCAUUCUGAAAUAGCAUGCAGUCAACCGGCAGACGAGCGUGACACAGAAACCAGGAUUCAGUUUCAACAACAGAGAUGCAUGUUUAUUUAUUGCUGUAUUCUAUAUUACUGUGACAUACAUACACUCACUCACUCCAUUUCAAUUUCAAGAACUACCAUUCGAUGUGUAUUGAACAAUAAGCUAAAUUGGCAAUAUCUAUUUAUCGCCUUUUGAACUGAUUAUGUUCAAAUUGUAUCUGCAUCGUUUCUCAUGUUUUAAUCUACCUUUUUUUUAAUAUGUCAUCAACUUACAAACGUUUUGAUUGCUCUCCUUGCCUGACGAUAAUAGAAAAGUAGGAUUUACUUUGGUUUCUGUUCUUCCCGCAUGGUUAUCAAGUGCAACUUUUGUUUACUCUGCUUUGCUUGAUUUUGUUUCAGUUUAAUAUGACGGAGGAGAGUAAAAUCAUGAAAUGCACAGCCGAGGCUAUUGAAAGGAUUCAAUCUGUAAUUGCUAAGGAUGCAACUUUGAUUUGGGAUCUCCAGAACUGCAGGAUUGUCAAACUUGUGUUGUCAUUUCCAGUUAUUCGAAUCUUAUCGAAAAGGACAUGUGAUGGGCGAUGGUGUUCAUUUGCCUUUUGAGCUGCGUACCCCUCGGUGGCAGCGCGGAGCACUGACCCUUAGAAAAGUGUAUGUGUUAAAACACAGACUCAGGUCAGGAUUUACACAAAAAUAGCGCCACGGUUGUAAUUUUGAUCGUCUACCAAGUGAACGGUAGGAGAAACGAAUGCCGAUACGGAGCCAGAGAGCCACAAGAGCACCCACGUAGAACGUCUUUUUCCACUCGACGAUUGAAGUUGAUCCACACACACACAAAGCUCAAGAGCAUCAAUUGUCUUAUGGCUCCCCCAGUCGCAACUACAUUGCUAGUGCUGGUUUGGAUGUGAUAAUGUGUUGCAGAAAACAAAACAUUAUGGGCAACGUUGCCAGAACAUAAUGUGGAGCAACUUUUGGGCAACAGAAAAAUGGCUACCGUUGGACCGCCCUUUCUUUCCCGUUGUGGUACGUGUCUAAUAAUGCCUCAAGGUGACGUUGGCUACCAACCUCACAGAUCCUGGGACAUGUUCAUGUGAAAUGUAUUUACAUACCAUGCUAGUAUAGGCAUCGGUUUCGCUAAACCUGUUGUAAAUAAAUACUAACACUGUGCAUGUUUAUUAGGUGUAUGAAUAUGGAUGAUAGCAAUAAAAGAGGUUUAACGUG